AACUGCUCAUAUUCCCACUUUCUCGACGGACAACGCCGCCUCCUUUGAGCAUCCACCGCUGCCUCUCAGCGGUAACGUAUUUCCGCAACUUCCAUGGGGUCAAGGGGUAGGGUGAAAUCAAAAGGCAAGCUACACUAAACAAUACGGUAACGGCCAACCGCUCGGGCCUCUGCUGCCCCCCAGCGGCUGGAGCCGACCGCUGCUCGUCCGAAUGACUGAGGUGUCAAACGUAGAGGGACACCUGCGCCCUGCACACGGAGGCAAUAAAAUCUCAUUGAGCGUGGACAUGUCUGACAGCUGAUCACAGCAGCUGUAGAUAAUGCACACAGUCACAGCAAUGUCCAAGUGGCUUAAAGAUGGCGAAGUGCUGGAGGCUCAAGGCAGUGGUGAGGCUGUACCAGUGAGCCCCAGAACAAGGGGCCUACCCGCUGGAAGCCCCAGGCCAGGCUGGGGACACAGCCCACUGGCUUCGCCCCGGGAGGCAGCAGCAGGAAGCCAGCAGGCACAGACCAUGGGCAAGGCCAAGGAGCUGUUUCUGCUGUGUGACAAAGAGGGGAAAGGGUUCAUCACAAAGCGGGAUAUGCAGACGCUGCAAAGAGAGCUGCCGCUGUCCCCAGAACAGCUGGACACAGUGUUUGAGAGUCUGGACAGGGAGAGCAAUGGAUUCCUCACUCCUGUCGAGUUCAACACAGGACUUGGUGAGUUGGUGGGACAGGAGGACACGACUGAGUUGAGUCGAGGUGAAGCAGAGGAGGAUACGGACCAGGUGGAUUGGUCCCAGGAAGAUGCUGCAAUCAGAUUUGUAAACACACUGAUGGAGCUGGGUGCUGACAAACUUUUUAAAGAUCAGCAGGAGCUCUGCUCCAUGUGGUGUGAGCUCCAGAGAGACAGACCAGAGCUGCUGAGUGUCCUGGAGAGUGUCCUGAUCCACACAGUGUCCCAUUUAAAGGACUCCAUCAGAGAGAGAGACAGUCUGGAGCAAGCUUUGCGCAGACGGGAGAGCGAACAUGAUCAGGUUAUUCGGUCCAUAUAUGAAGAAAUGGAGAAUCAACUCAGAGAGGAGAGACAGAAAUACCAAGCUCAGGACAGUAUUAGACAGAUGCAACGAGGGAAACAACUUGAGGAGGAGCUGAAGAUGCGAGAGCAAGAGUUGGAGACUACGCUGACCAAACAGAAAGAGCUGGAGACCAGAAUCCGACAGCUGAGCAGUGAGCAGGUAAAUGUUAAGGAGCAGAACCAGCGACUGCGGAGCAUCAACAUCCAGCUACAGGAGCAAGUGGAGAGCAGCAGAGAGCAGCUGCAGGCGGCUCUGGGUCAACUCAGCCUGCUGCAGCUCAACGCUGCCCAGGAACAGGUCACCACACAGAGAAAUGUGAUGAAGGUGUCAAGGAACAUCCAAAAAGAGAAGGAUAGUCUCUUUAGACAACUGGAGCUGCUGAGGGAUAUGAACAAAAGGCUGCGAGAUGAAAAAGAUGCCCAACACUCUCAGAAGAGGAAUCCAAAUGUCAAAAAGACUUUGGAGAAGAGAGGGUCAGUCAUAGGUAACUACUUACUGCAAGACAAGCCAUUGAAAAGACAGCUGAGCUCAUCUGAUGAGUUGGAGCAGGACAAAGACAAAGAGGUGUCAAAUACAUCCAAGAGACACCAGCCGUCAUGUAGAGUCAGGUGUGAAAAUGUUGAACAGACUCAAACUCAGAGCAGACUUGUCGAUCCUCAGCGAGUGUUCAAGGUGGUGUUCUUGGGUAACUCAGGUGUGGGUAAGAGCUCCUUCAUCCAGCACUACUGCACAGGAUGCUUCUGCAGUAAAAUGAGUGCUACUGUUGGUAUUGAUUUCCAGAUGAAGACUUUAACCCUGGACUCCACCAGCAUCACCCUGCAGCUUUGGGACACUGCAGGACAGGAGAGGUUUCGCAGCAUCACUGAGCAGUACUACAGAAAGGCUGACAGUGUCCUUGCCAUGUACGACGUCACUCACUCCCCCUCCUUCACCGCGGUGAGAGGAUGGAUGGACUCUGUGAAGGAGAAGAUGUGUGAGGGUGCAGUGUUAAUGCUCCUGGGGAACAAGCUGGACCUGGUUGACGCACACGGCAGAGAAGUGGCAACAGGGGAGGGGCAGCGGUUGGCAGAGCAGCACCAAGCUUUGUUUUACGAAUGCAGUGCCAAGAGCGGAUGCAACAUGGAGGAGCUGAUGACUCACCUGGCAAGGAUGUUGGUUGCCCAGAAUGAUCGACAAUAUGUAGAUGCACUUUUACUGACUGAGGACGCAUCAAAAAAAGGCUGCUGUACAUAAACAGAAGAGGAAAAACCUCAUCAUGGUUCAGUGGUGUUACAUUUCCCUUCUGUCCUGAGCUCACACAGCUCUACUUUUAUCUGAACAAGUUUACUGAACAGUAUCUGUAUGGCUUGCAUUUGUCAUUAUGUAUCAUUAAAAUCCAUCCAAUAAAAUAUAUUUUUGGCGA